AUGGCAGAGUCAGUGAGUGGGGAUGCGACCAGUGGCAUCUUCGAGCCUCUGAAGCCGCCAUUCCAAGCACUGAGCGACACCAAUGAAGGCCCCUUGAUUAUGGUUGUAUCGAUACCAAUGAUCGCCGUUGCUUGUCUCACCGUCCUAGUCAAGUCAUGGACGGCAUACGGCACGACGAGGCGGUUGGGAGUCAGCGAUGCUACUGCUAUCAGUGCAAUGGCCCUCGGCAUCGGUUACACAAUAGCAUUGAACCAAUCUGUUCAGCAAGGCUUAGGAAGGGCAGCAGUUGAGUUGGAUGAAUCUAUGAAUGAGGCUUUGGGCAAGUCCUACUUGACGUCAAGCAUUCUGCUGGUUUUGGCACUCGCAUGUGCUAAAGCAACAGUCAUCGUUUUCAUUAUCAACAUCAAACCUCAGCGACUUGUUCGGCUUGCUUCUUUUGCAAUCCUCGGAGCCAGUGUUCUUUGGGGCGUCGCCAGUGCUAUCGCCAUCGCCCUGCAAUGUGGCCCGAAUCGUUGGGUUAUGGGGCCCGACUCCAACAAUACCUGCGUUAACCAGCGUGCUAUGCAGGUAGCCAUCCGUGCCAGUGAUGCACUAUUGGAUGUGGCAAUUGUCAUGCUGCCUGUUUUCAUGAUGGUGCAAGUACAGACUUCCUCGAGCAAGAGAUUUUGGGUCAUAACACUGUUUGCUACAAGAAUAAUCACACCCAUUUUGACUGGCAUAACGAUAGCCACUCUCUCAGACUUUUAUAACGCGUCGAACGAAGAUCGGCCGUUCCAAGCUGUCACCCCUGCAAUAUGGACAUCCGUCGCUCUUGGCCUCUCGAUGAUCACCGCCUGUAUACCAUGCAUCAAGCGUUUCCUCGCAGACUGGGCCUCUGGACUAUCACAUGCCAUGAUCAACGAGUCCUUCGAAAUGGAACAUACUGCUAGCGGGUCCCGCACGAGGAACCAAGAGUACGCUUCUGGAUCUGGUUGGCACGGUUCGCUAGUCUCAAAACUGAGGAUGAGCAGGCUUGGUGGUGCAGAGGUUUCGAGCAAAAGCUUCGGGCGAACGCAGGACAGCGAGCGUGGCGUUCAUCCAGAGAGAGCAAAAGGACACUCGGAGGACACAAGUGAUAGCGUCAAAGGACUCGUCGACGGGGUCAUCAUAAAGACUACCGAUUGGCGUAUCGAUUACGAGGAUGCGGAAAGGACGUCGAUCGACGGUAACGGCAGCACAGAUAGUGGUCAUGGGACUGUACCAAAAACUAUACGAUGA